AUGUCCAGCCAGAAAAUGCUUGACGUUCCAAAUCCAAAGGACUGGAAAUCAAGUUCCAUCAAGGAUAAACUCGGUACCAACUAUGUUCCUUCUGUCUCGCAAGUUAAAGACAUCAAGGCUCAAAUAGCAGAGUCUAGGGUCUCAUUAUCUGCCAAAAGAGCUGCUAUAGCACGUCAUCGGAAGAUGCUGAAACAACUCGAAAGCGAAGAAGCGGAUGCCAGGAAAUACGUCGAAGAUUGCGAGGCCCUUCUUACGCCUGCUAGACGUAUGCCGCCCGAGGUCAUUACCAAUAUCUUUAAAUAUUGCCUUCCCUCGGAAGGAUCUCGGCCAUCGACCUCUGACGCUCCACUCCUACUUAGUAGGAUAUGUAGUCAUUGGCGACAAGUAGUUCUCUCGACACCACAUCUCUGGUCCGCCCUUAAUCUUCACCUUCCUGCAAGAAUACGUGACUGGGAUGCGACCUUGGUCUCCCAUGUCGCAGCCCUAUCAUUCUGGCUGGAUCACUUGGGCUCUCAUCCUCUGAAACUAAGCAUCGCUCACGAUGCACAUCCAUCGAUUUCCAUAAGCACCACAGAGCAAGAAACAUUUAUGCUUUCUUCAGUACCAUACAAGAUGCUUUCCGCUUGCAUCGAAUCUAGUUGUCAUCGCCUCCUCACUCUAUCCGUCAUAAUGCCCGCAAGUUUCUUCAGUCUCUUUAGGCAACUAGCUGUACAGCCACUUCCCAGACUAGAAGAAAUCAGCCUUCAUCCGACCGACCGAUCGCUUUCGCCUGGUCAUUUGCUCCUCAUCAACUUCUGCAACGCCGAUCGUUUAUAUUCAUUGUCUACCAGCAUACCUCUGUAUCGCAUUGCUGACAUUAACGUACCAUGGCAUCAACUCACUCGAUUACGCCUACAAGAUCAUUACCCAGAUCAAUCUUCACUUUCUCUAAACGACUAUUUUUCCAUCCUUCAGCAUUGUACCCAGGUUGAACAGUGCGUCCUUAGAGUCUUCGACGGUUUGUUCCACAGACCACAAGCGCUCCUGGUUAUUCCGUCAUUGUUAGAUUUCCGUCUCAGCGUAGUGAUGUUUACUCAGUCACCUGAUUCUCGUCUCGCACAUUUCCUUAGCACACUCGUAUUUCCCCACCUCCAGCGGCUUCAUAUAGGCUGCAAUAUUAUCCCAAGGCCACUUCACAUACCUCCUGGUUUAUGUCUACUCGAACUUUCCCCCUUCCUCCUUCGAACUCGUCGCCAACUUCAAUCUCUAACGCUUGAAUACAUGAACGUUUCCUCCAGCCAGAUAUUCGCAUGCUGUUCGAUCUUGCCACAGCUCACGUACAUGAAAUUUCUCUCCAGUAUUGCUUUAAGGACGGAUGACGAGAUUAUCCAGGCUUUGACACCUGUAGACGGUAUCCCGGUCAUCUGUCCUAAACUCAAGGCACUUGAAGUCGGGUUUGGGGAUCCAUUCGAGAGCGUACCGUUGUUAGAGAUGAUCUCUGCGCGUAGGCGACAAAGUUCUGAUCAAGAAGCUGCAGUUGUUGCAUUGGAGAGCUUGACGAUUGUGCUAUACAGAAGCUGUUUUGUUAGGGUGAUGCCGUCUGAUGCAGGCAUGGAGACUCGCAUGACACGGUAUAAAUCUCGUCUUCGAAUGGCGCUCGCAGGUGGGACGGCAGACAUUAUCUGGAAUCAUAUCUAA